AUGGACAGGCAGAGCCUUGAAACCCGGGCAGACAGGCUCUGCCAACCGCCCCCAGAGCCCCCUCGCUCCCCUUCCCCCGGGGACUCCAAGGGAAGGAGCUCACCGGGGAAGGAGCUCACCGAGCCCCGCGGUCGUGCCGUGUACCGGCAAUCCCCGCUCCAGCUGCCCGGGGGCACGCACGGCAGGACCCUCACGGGGUCUGCCCGCGGGGCCAGACCCAGGGCUGCGGGGCCAGGACAGCCGGCGGCGCGCAGGGCCCGGCAGCCCCGCCACGGUCCCGCGCAUUCUGGAAAGAGGAACCCGCUGCCGGUGCGGGCCGGGCCGCGGCCGGGCGGGCGGGAGCCGCUUCCCCCGCGCAUCCGCUGCCGGCCCGGCCGGGCUCGGCUCACGCCACGGACGGACACGUCGCCACCGUCACGGCGACCUCAGCAGCCACCGCCUCCACCGGGAGCCACGGAGGCGCGGCACAAGUGGGCCAGCGUGCCUCAGUUUCUCUCCUCCACCACGGAGGAGAGGUCGCGGCAGGGACGCUGCCCGCCCCGCCCCGCACCCGAACCCCGUCCCCAGCGCCAUCCACGAGCGAACCGGAGCCAGACCGAGCCGGGCACGUGCUCCCCGCCGCCGCCGCGGCUCGCCGGGCGACACGGUGCCAGCACCGGGCCGCCUCCUCCAGCACCGCGGCCACGCUGCCGCUGCUCCACAGGGCAGCCGGGGUGGCGAGGCCACAGCCAGGGCCCCGUGGCACCCCGGUGA